AUGCAGCGGUUGAGCAACGAGUGGUUGGCCGAGGGCAACCCCUUGGGUACGUGGGACUGGAUUACGAACAGAGACAAGAUUACGCAGUUCUUCCGCGCAGGCGCGGAGAGGGCAAAGGGUUGCGAGAGUUACUUUACCAUGGGUAUGAGGGGCGAGUACGACACGAAGAUGGAAGGGGAUGACCCGGCGGCUGUCGUAAAGGACGUACUGCGUACGCAGAGGUCACUGAUACGAGAGACUUAUGGCAGGGAAGAUGCGGUUCCGCAACUACUCGCCUUGUAUAAGGAGGUCCAAGAGCAGUACGAGAGUGGUAGACUCGACGUCCCCGACGACGUGACGCUGUUGUUUUCCGAUGACAACUUUGGUACCAUUAGGCGACUCCCUCACGGGUCUGAGACCAGCAGAAAGGGCGGUUCCGGACUGUAUUACCACUUCCAGUACGUCGGCACCCCGAGGAGCUACAAAUGGAUCAACAGCAACUCGCUGGGCAAGAUAUGGCACCAACUUCAGGAGGCCCAUCGCCGAGGGGCAAGGCAGAUCUGGGUGUUCAAUGUUGGCGACAUCAAGCCUUAUGAGCUUCCAUUGACAUUUGCCCUGUCUCUGGCGUGGGACGUGGACUCCGUCAAACCGGACGGUAUCCCCGAUUUCUUAGCGGGCCACGCGGCUCGACAGUUCGGUCCCGCCCUCAGCCAUGACAUUGCGAAAGUCUGGCAUGGGUAUGACACGCUCGUCGCCCUGCGCCGCCACGAGCACAUCGAACCAACGACGUUCUCCUGCCUUCACUACAGCGAGGCUGAGACGAUCUACAUGCAGUGGAAGUCGCUCUUGGACCUCGCCGAGUCUGUCUACAACCGGGCAACCGACGAGCAAAAACCAGCCAUGUUCCAGCUGGUGCUGCACCCCGUCAAGGCCAGCGCCAUCUACGUGCGACUUCAGAUCAGCCUCGCGCGAAACCAGCUGUUCGCGCGUCAGCGGCGCACCUCUGCGAACCUCGUGGCGAAGCAGGUGCUCGAGCUCUUCGACGAGGACUUUGAUCUCUCGGAGGAGUACCACGCCCUGCUUGGGGGAAAGUGGAAUAAUAUCGCGUCGCAGCCACAUUAUGGGUUCACAAGUGACACUUGGCAUGCGCCAAGCCGAGAUAUGGUUACCGGACUCUCUUACGUCCAGACAAGACAGAGGUCGAAUCCUAUUGUGGGCAACAUUGGCGUCAUGGUCGAGGGCCACGAGGGAGUGAGGCCCGGCCUUACCAACGAGAACAGCGACCUCACCCACCCGAGCCGCGGUGAUCUGGUCCCCGGCCUCACGCUCGGGCCAAUGUCCCGCUACGGGCCCGAGUCAAGAUGGUUCGAGUUGUUCACCAGAGGGCCCCUGACCUACAAAUUCUUCGUCUUCUCCAACACUCCGACCACCGGGUCCCCGUCUCUCAUCCUGUAUUUCAACAUGACGCUCGACUUGGACCCGGCCGAUCCAAUGAUUGACCCGGAGUUGCCCUCACCCGAAGGCUGGUUGACUGCUGUACAGGACUGCAUAUGGAAGAAGCAGCAUAAGCUAUCAGGGGAUGCGGUCGCUAAGGGGGAACACGUGCUCCGUGUGCGGCUGUUGCAUACGAACCUAAUAUUGGAAAAUGUGGUGAUUAACCUUGGGGGACUCAAGGAGAGCUACCUGGCGCCACCGCCGAGUUACUAUGCCGCACAAUAA